AUGGCGGAGCCUCGAGAACCAGAUUCCGAAGGCAACCACUAUGUGACGUGCAGCGAUGGCACGUCGAUCCGCUGCCGGCUACUCCUGGGUGGGCCGAGGGGAGAUGGCCACCUGGACCCGAAAGCCCGCACGGCCAUCUGUUUGCACGGCAUCGGCGAGGACUUGAGCUUUUGGGAGGAGGGCGUCUUCCGCACAGACGAGCUCCCGGAGACCUUCGCAGGCUUCGAAGCUCCAAUGGGAAUGCCACUCGCAGAUGCAACGGGGGGCGCGCAGGUGCCGUGUGACAAGGUACGGAGGGCAAAGUUUUCCCGAGCUCUCGCCAAGCGUGUGAACGUUCUGCUGGUUGAUCAGCGCGGCUUCGGGAAGUCCGACCGGCCAAGGACAUUGGCACCGCUCCAGGAUGAACAUAUUGUGCUCCUGACGACAUGGAAAGUGCGAGAUGUUCCCAGCUUCACCACCGCAGCCAAGGCGGAGCUGAGCUGCGCCCGCAAGGCUGGGGCUGCAGCGCACAGCGUCUCCCUAAGUGGUGGCAAAGCGCUGGUUCGCAGCGUGUUCCGCGACACAGCCGCUCUUGGGAUGUACAUGGCCACCUUGGGUGCCCUGGCGCCCGAGCAGCGCCUGGAGGGGUGCAGCACCGUCGAGUCCUGCACUGUUGUCGCGCCGCAAGGGAGGCUUACAGAACUAGUCUACAUCCAGAAUGCAGCGCUCGACAAGGCAGAGAAACUGCGGAAGUGCAGGGCAUCCUUCUUCAACGACCUCGCAGCCCCAGCGAAGGCCUUCGUUUGUCACCGGCUCCAUGGCGGUGGUGUGGCGGCCCUUGAAGAGUUUCUGCAAGAAGUGCGAGACAACGAUGGCACCUGUGCAUCCCUGACCAUUUCAGUGAGUCCUGAUGGCCAGGACGCGAUGGCUCUAGGUCACUUCACCGAUCUGGCCGGGGCGGUAACAUACCUGCGACACUUGCAGAGCUGGAUAGAGGGCAUGGAUCGUGGUAGCGGCUGGCAAGUUGCCUCGGUUCAAAUCCAUGCGCGGAGUUCGGUGCUGAAAGCACUUUCAUCAGAGACCUCGCUGCCCAAGAAGCUCCAGGUCUAUCAGAUGUAUCCCCUUUCUUUUGAAGACUCCAGCGCCACUGAUCGGACAGCAACCCUUGAGGAGUUUGUGUCAGACGUGGAGAGCGUUCGACGGUACACAGGCGCAGUCACAGCAACGAUUGUUGGUCAUUCAAUGGGAGCUGCCGUAGCUCUGCAGUAUGCCGUCAGCUAUCCUCACCGAGUGGAGCGCCUUUGCCUCUCAGCGGCUGCCCCUCGCGUUGGCCCAGCUGCCUAUGAAAACUGGAUGAGGAUUGCCAGUACCUACCAGGCCUGGACUCCGAAUGUUAUUCGCAGUACAGUGGCGGUCGUGAAUGUGGCGGACGAGGCCAUUCGGGCACUAGCUGCGCCCACACUUCUCAUUAAUGCAAAGGAUGACCAGCUCACGCCCUUGAUCGGGUCUGAGAUGAUCAAGGCCAACCUGCAGACAGCUCUUCUGCACGUGCCCGAGUUUGGAGGGCACAGCAACUUGGUAAAAAACGACACUUCGAUGGAGAGGCUAACGCAUUUCAUGAUUUCUGAUCUGGCCAUGAUGUUUGUCAUGGACGUUCUUCUGGAGGAGCAGCUGCUCAGCAAGUGGAACCUGCCAAACGACAAAGCCUUUGUACGUUACUAUAACUGCGGACGUGGCUUGGCCGAGAUCGAGCGCCUCCAGCGCAGGCAACGGCUGCUGAGAUGGUCAUCUGGAGACCACAAGCAAGAGAUGGCUGCGACUGAAGCUGACAUGGUGAAAGUUCUUCGAAACUUGAGCCUGCCUACUGAUGCAGACGAGACGCCCCGCGACCGCUUGAUGGCCGAGAUGAUGAGCAUGCUGAGUCGGAUGUCUGCCCCAGCCAGGCAGGCUGUCGACAACUCUGGUGUUUGGUGGAGGGAUGAUGGAGCUGCACUUGGGCUUCCCGACAAGCGAAAACACAGCGUCGAUGCAUGGGGCCGGCGGAGAGGUGGCAGUAAGCCGGGCAACUGCUGCAUCUACCGUUGGGACCUGUCCUGCAUGCCGGCGCUGUUGAAGCGUGGGGGGCUGGCAGCAGGGCAGGCGUCUGCGCUCGGCUCGGAUUAUUUCGCAUGCUGGUGGUGUGGGGGGCCUCCCGCGGCCCAUGAAGACCUGGGUCCUGCCAGCAAGGCAGAGUUGGCGGCACACUGGCAUCUCCAGGAGCCGAAGAAGGAGACAGCGGAGGAGGCCGAUGCAGAUGUGAAGUCAGACAGCGGCUACCCGCCACACCACGAUCGAAUGCACCAGGAAGCCCUGGCGCUUCAACCGCUCUCGGCCUGA